AAAGAAGUGUGGAGCAGACUGUCUCCUCCCCCCACCAUCGGCACACCACUCUCUCCUCCCCCUCGCACCCCCCAUCUUGUGCUUGCCUUUGUGACUGCGUACCCGAAUAAAACUGACACUGGGACGCUCGCUUGGAAAAAACCUCAGUUCAAGAUUCAACCCUGUUCUUUUAUUAUUUAAAUUCUUAGGAAUACAACUGGAUGAUAAAAGAAGAAGAGGAGGAGGAUCCGGACCCACUCAGGUUGCAUCACUACAGUGGAAGCACGUGAAGAUUUGACUCCACAUUUUGGGGACAUCAGCAUCCUUUUACGCCAUCCUCACUAGCGUUGAUCGCAAACCGGCAUCACUUCAAACAGGAUUUGGGUUUUCUUUUAGGGGACAUGGAAAUGGAUUAAAGGGACAGACGGGCUGAGAGAGUCGCCAAACUGGAGCAGCACGCCAGAGCACGCCGGGGGGGAAGGGGGCGACGGGACUCGGUGAAUUCACGGAGCCCGCGGGAUAGAGCAGGUUGCGACUGGUCCCACUCCAAGAUGACGUCCCCCAAAAGCAGAGCAAAGAAGAAACCCCCCAAAGAUAGCAUGACGCUGCUGCCGUGUUUUUACUUUGUGGAGCUCCCCAUUGUGCUGUCAUCUCUGGUGUCACUCUACUUCCUGGAGCUGACCGACGUCUUGUCCCCGGCUAUGGUGGGCUUCCGCUGCUACGACCGCGACCUGUCCAUGCCUUACGUGGAGACAGGUGACGAGCUCAUCCCGUUGCUCAUGUUGCUCAGCUUGGCCUUCGCCGGACCUGCUGCAUCGAUCAUGAUGGGGGAAGGACUCAUGUAUUGUAUGCAGUCCAAACUCAAAAGCUGCCCCAAAGCGGAGGGAAGCAUUAAUGCCGGAGGAUGCAGCUUCAACUCCUUCUUGCGAAGGACGGUGCGGUUUGUGGGUGUUCACGUGUUCGGUCUCCUAGCGACGGCCCUGGUGACGGAUGUCAUCCAGCUGGCCACGGGCUACCACGCCCCUUUCUUCCUCACCGUCUGCCAGCCCAAUUAUACGGCGCCGGGUGUGGCGUGCGACAACAACGCCUACGUCACGCAAGACAUCUGCGCAGGAAAAGACCUGUAUGCCAUCAUGUCGGCAAGGAAAACAUUCCCAUCCCAGCAUGCAACACUCUCCGGCUUUGCUGCCGUCUACAUUUCCAUGUACUUCAACGCCAGCAUUGGCGCAACCACCAAGUUGCUGAAGCCGCUGCUUGUGUUCGCCUUCUGCAUGGCAGCGGGCCUGGCGGGGCUAACGCAGAUCACACAGCAUCGGAGCCACCCCAUUGACGUCUACGUGGGCUACCUGAUCGGAGCCGGCAUCGGCGUCUACCUGGCAGUGUACGCAGUAGCUAACUUCAAGGCAUCCGAAGAAGACGUGUCACCUCAUCCCAAAAUGUCGGCGGUGCAGCACAAGGACACCCUGAGGGUGCUGAGUCAACGUAGUCAUGACUCUCUCUAUAGGAAGACACCACGGGGGUCCGAGAGCCGCGAGGAACUGGCCGUGGCAAUGGGUUCCGGGACGCGCAGCAAGGUUCGGCGCGAAAAGGCCUCCCUGGCUUCCCUUAAGCGAGCCAGUGCCGAUGUGGAGCUCCUGGCCACACGUGGCCCCAUGGGCAAGGAGACUAUGGUGACGUUCAGCAACACUCUGCCCCGGGUAGCCAACGGCAACAGUCCCAUCUCGCCCUCCGAUGAGGCGCCCACCUCUCAGCGCCACAUGACAUUCCACGUGCCCCUGGACCCACAAAGAUCUCGACAACUGGUGUCAGAGUGGAAGCAGCGCUCUCUGGAGCUAAGGAGUCAAAGCUCCCGAGAUGAGGAUGAGGUCGAAGGAGGGGCAGAGGCAGCAGACACAGCGGACGAAGCAGGUGACCAAGGGGUGCCGUCCUCCCUUUAUCCUAAAGUGCAAGCCAACAAGGGCACGGCAACGCCAACUGGGGCUCGGAUGGUUGUGUCGCCGCCACUAGUCCACAUUCCCGAGGAGGCCUCGCGUCCCCCGCCCGUCUCUCCCAAGAGUGCCAAGACCCGCGCAAAGUGGCUGUCGCUCACUGAAGGGAGCGGCCAAAAGGAGCCCAGUGCGGGGCCCAUUGCUGUGUCCACCCCUAGGGUGCCCAACACACACCCUGUUCAGCCACCCGCCCAGCCAAGAGUAACUCAGGUGAUGGCAAUGUCUAAGCAACAGAGCCACAGUGGAAUCCCCCAGGAGGGCGGCGGCUCCUCUUCAGGCGGCGGUUCAAACUGCUCCGAGUCUCCCUACUUCCGGAUCCCUUCCGACCGGGACAGCUGCACAGGCAGCAACCCGGGAAGCAUCGCUGGCAGCGGCAGUAUCGUCACCAUUGACGCCCACGCCCCCCACCACCCGGUGGUGCGAGUGACUGCAUCCAACGGGAAACCGUGGGAGUGGAGGAACACCAUUAGUGGCAACUUAAUGAGCAGCGACACAUUGGAUAAGCACCGCGGUGUUCUGAGGGGGCAGGACACCGCCCCAUUGUACCGCGAUUACCGGACGCUCCCAGUAAAAAAGGAGUUGCAAAGUGGUGAAACUCCGGAGCUACCACCACCAUCACACCCCACUUCAUCCUCCCCUUUGCCGCCCCCACCCCAGUUGUCACCCCAUCUCCCACCACCACCCCCUCACACAUCCCUCUUGUCUCACCCACCUUCUCAGUUGCCCCCGCAACCUUCCUCUUCCCCCUUGCCUCCUCCUCCACUGCCAAACUCCACUAUGCCACCGCCUCCCCCUCCCCAUCCCUCGUGCUCGGCCAUUCUCCCGCCUCCUCCUCAUCCCGACAUGCUGAUGGACGACCAGAUGCUUUCCCGGUCGUCUACGCUGCCCCGCCGGCCUUCAGUGUCGGCCCGCAGCCAUGCUGAGCAAGAGCAUUACUACAAGGCGCUGCAAAACGAGAGGAUGCUUUAGUGCAGCGGUCCCCAAACUUUGAAGUCAAAGACACCCAAACUUAUUUAUUGACCAGUUUACUCGUAGGCCAGCAUUACAGAAAAUCAUACAGUGGGACAAAUAAGUAUUUAGUCAACCACUAACUGUGCAAGUUCUCCCUCUUGAAAAUGUUAGAGAGGCCUGUAAUUGUCAACAUGGUGAACCUCAACCAUGAGAGACAGAAUGUGGAAAAAAAAAACAGAAAAUCACAUUAUUUGAUUUUUAAAGAAUUUAUUUGCAAAUCAUGGUGGAAAAUAAGUAUUUGGUCUAUGCCAAAAGUUCAUCUCAAUAAUUUGUUAUGUACCCUUUGUUGGCAAUAACGGAGGCCAAACGUUUUCUGUAACUCUUCACAAGCUUUUCACACACUGUUGCUGGUAUUUUGGCCCAUUCUUCCAUGCAGAUCUCCUCUAGAGCAGUGAUGUUUUGGGGCUGUCGUUGGGCAACACGGACUUUCAACUCCCUCCACAGAUUUUCUAUGGGGUUGAGACCUGGAGACUGGCUAGGCCACUCCGGGACCUUGAAAUGCUUCUUACGAAGCCACUCCUGUGUGUUUGGCAUCAUUGUCAUGCUGAAAGACCCAGCCACGUCUCAUCUUCAAUGCCCUUGCUGAUGGGAGGAAAUUUUCACUCAAAAUCUCUCAAUACAUUUGCCUGGCAUACCAGACUCACCGCUGUUCCAGCGAUUGAGUCUGGCGACCGUCCGGCGAAUCAAAUUCCGAGGGCGGAGCAAGCCACAGCAAACAGACAGCGGAGUGGACCAAUCAGCGACGUUGUUAAACCGACAAGUAAUUAGCGUGAGCGGAGAAUGGAGAAGUUUAUUCAAUAUGGCUAGCGCGAGCCAUGUUGACUGUUGUCAAUGACUUGUUUCGAUGUGUUUUUGGUCAUUUAAAACUGGUUUUACCUCGGAUUGGAACAUAUUCUCAGCUCUCUCCUUCGCAAUCUGUGUUGUUGUAGAGACGACUUUCGGCGCGCAAGAGUGACGUUACUCUCGUUAAGAACACGUCACGCAAAUAAACGAAUCUGAUUGGACAAUUGAUUUUGUACCUUGCUCGAGAGGCCGUUAAUGGGCUGGGUCCCAGACCAUUUCUCACAGUGUUUGAAAAAUACAGGGAGAAUAGUCUGGCUGUGCCAGGCAAUCAAUACAUGGCCCCAUUCAUUCUUUCCUUUACACACAUCAGUCGUCCUGGUCCCUUUCCAGAAAAACAGCCCCAAAGCAUGAUUUUUCCACCUCCAUGCUUCACAGUGGGUAUGGUGUUCUUCAGAUGCAAUUCAGUAUUCUUUCUCCUCCAAACACGAGAACCUGUGUUUCUACCAAAAAGUUGUAUUUUGGUUUCAUCUGACCAUAAGACAUUCUCCCAGUCCUCUUCUGGAUCAUCCAAAUGCUCUCUAGCGAACCGCAGACAGGCCUGGUCGUGUACUGGCUUCAACAGGGGGACACGUCUGGCAGUGCAGGAUUUGAGUCCCUGGCGGCGCAUUGUGUUACUGAUAGUAGCCUUUGUUACUGUGGUCCCAGCUCUCUGUAGGUCAUUCACUAGGUCCCCCCGUGUGGUUCUGGGAUUUUUGCUCACCGUUCUUGUUAUCAUUUUGACGCCACGGUGUGAGAUCUUGCAUGGAGCCCCAGAUUGAGGGGGAUUAUCACUGGUCUUGUAUGUCUUCCAUUUUCUAAUAAUUGCUCCCACAGUUGGUAUCUUUACACCAAGCGUUUUACCUAUUGCAGAUUCAGUCUUCCCAGCCUGGUGCAGGUCUACAAUUUUGUCUCUGGUGUCCUUCGACAGCUCUUUGGUCUUGGCCAUAGUGGAGUUUGGAGUGUGACUGACUGAGAUUUUGGACAGGUGUUUUUUAUACCAAUAAUGAGUUAAAACAGGUGCCAUUAAUACAGUUAACAAGUGUAGCCUCAUUAGACCUCGUUAAAAGAAGUUAGAUCUCUUUGACAGCCAGAAAUCUUGCUUGUUUGUAGGUGACCAAAUACUUAUUUCCCACUCUAAUUUGGAAAUGAAUUCUUUAAAAAUCAAACAAUGUGAUUUUCUGGGGGGGGUUUCCACAUUCUGUCUCUCAUUGUUGAGGUUUACCCAUGUUGACAAUUACAGGCCUCUCUAAUCUUUUCAAGUAGGAGAACUUGCACAAUUGGUGGUUGACUAAAUACUUAUUUGCCCCACUGUACUUUACAAAGAUGGGAUGUUGUAGAUGAAUGCAGGUUUUGGGCUGUUUUGUUGCCUCACGGUGCAUGAAUAUAAUCUGUAUCAAGGAAUCUGUUUUACAUGCAGGACUGCUGAUAUUGUCCCCCAAAUGCCACAUUUUUUCUGGCGGUUGCAGGCUCCUCUGUCAUCGUUUGGCCUUUUUAAAACUUUCCUUAGAAGUUCUCCAAAGACGAUUGUAUUUUACUCAUUUUUGCUAACUUGUGGGCUUACUUUUUCAUGUGAAAGACAUGAAGUGUGCAGAGUCAAAGGAUUUGCUCAGCCUUCUCGUGCGCUGUAGUACCAAUUGGCUAGUAGACAGGCGAUCAGGGACUGCUGCUAUAUUGGACAGCUUGCAUUCUGAGGACUUUGAAGAAAAAGCCAGAGCAAUUUGUGUAGGGCAUUGAUUUUUUUAAAGGACUUGCAAUCCAAGAUAGUAUCUUCGAUCAAAAUCCAUGGGAACACUUCAGUUAAAGCGGUUUGAUGUUUUUCUAUCUGUCAACUGUCAGAAGAGAAAGGAGAUCAAACACAAAGAAGAAAAUGGGGGAAUGAGAAUUCCUGCCUAGUUGCCGCCAGGGAGGGAAAAGCUUCUGCAGCUGAACGAGGAGAUACCACUCCGAAAGGCCUCAGAUUUGCUCAAUCUGUUUUCCUCUGUGAGGGCGAAGAAGGACAAAGAAAAGAAAACAACCGCAGGCAACGCCGACACUCCGAAAGACAACUGCAGCUGCUUGUUGGCUGCCAGCUCUUGUUUGCUCCCGCAUUGAGUUUCUGUUGUGUUUCGAGGAGCCCCAAAAGGAUGCUUAAUUUCCAAGCCUGCAUCCUUCAGAGAAGUCAUCCUACUCAAACAAUGAAGCUUGAGCCAUGCUAAUAUUGGAUCGAGGAAGAAAGCUGCACAUACCAUGCUAGGUGUCCUGGAAUGGCUUAUGUCCAAAAACGUAUUCAUUGCAAACAUCCAACUGACUUUGGUUGGAUUCAUUUCUGGUAUGAUUGCUCUGAUAUUGCAGUUUGCUUGUUCAAGUGUGAAUGCUGUCAUCUGAAUCCAGGUAGAUAACCAUCACUCAAGACACCCCAAACCCUGACCACUGAUGCAACUGUAAAAACCCAAACCUGAAACACCGGUCUAGGUUCAUCACACAUUUUGAAAGUCUUGGGAUCGUUUCGGACUCAAUUCCUGAAAGACUCAGUCUUGGUCUCAGUGAUGGUCUCUCUCUUGGUCUUGACUCACAAAAGUCUUGACCUUUACUAUGUCUUAAUGAAUUUUGUUUAUGGGCAAGUCUUGGUCAGGUGUCGUCAUGGUCUUGAGCACACUACUACCUUAAACCCUAGCUCCUAACCUGAAACCCAUCCUUAAAUUUAUUGUCAUAACUCCCUAAUCUAAAACCCAUACCCAAACCUUAUCAUUGACCUAUUUAAAACCCUUUUGCGAACACGAAACUCACAUACAAUACACCCAAAAGCCUAACCCUGAUACUAUGCCCUGGACUCGAAAACUUAUAUCUAAACCUAAACCCAAUCACAAUACCAUAACCUAAACCCUAUUUUUCCCGUUUACCUAAUUCUUUGAAAUCUAAAACCAAACCUCAAAUCAAACUCGUAAGCCUGAACUCCAAACCCAAGUACUGAACUAGAAAUACGAGCACAAUGCAAUUUAACAUAUUUACAGUACAGUGAUCCCUCGCUGCUUCGCGCUUCAAUCUUCGCGUCCUCAGUCCAUUGCGGAUCUUUUUUUCGAUUAAAAAUAAAUAAAUAAAUAAAUAAAUACAGAUGAGCCGUCCAGCACCGAUCAUGGAGUCUCACUCUCCCUCCUGCUGUUCUUUGUUGGUCAGGCAGUGCACUGGAUUUGCUAAUUAAAUUUAACGAUGAUGGGGUGGAGUCUGCGGGACCAUCACAUGUCAGAUGGGAUUCACGCAUGACUAGGUGAAAUUGGACACACUCAAGUAGAAAACCUCGGUGUCAGGAUUAGCGAUGAGACAGCAUAGAAUAGGAUGCCAACAUACUCACACUCACAAUGGAUUCACACAAAUACUGGGUCCAAGACCACAUGGCUUAUUUGUGUAUACUCCACCCCUUCCAAUUGCUUAUCACCCCCCCCCCCCCUUGGUUAUCAGGCCCCCCACAUGGUGUCGAACGGAAAUACAGCUAGCUAACGAUAGCACCAACAUAUUCAUAGUUAGUGUAGGCAUUCAAUGUAUUUCUUGUUGUUGUUUGUGCUUCUUCAGUCUUUCUCUCCUUUUCUUCUGUUCCCCCAUAACCCCUUCCUUUUCGCUGCUUUGUCUUAAUAAACGAGGUAUGUUGAAUGAUCACAAUGGAUGUCAUACUCCCAUGUGAUACAUUAAAACUGUUCAGUCCAAUCGGACACUCAGAUCUCCAUUCAAUUCCAUGUCAAGCAGCUGAACAGCACAGGUUAAAAAAAAAAAAAAAAAAAAAAAGUUAACGAUGAUUGACAGAUGCUUGGGUUUGAUCUUGCCACAGAUGUUUGGAAGCCGAAGCUUCAAAGCGCUGCAUGCGUCAAUCAUUGUUUAACUUGUUAAACAGUUGCUGUGGCAACUCAUUUUUUGUAAGUGAGCAGCUUGAGCGGAUUUGAGUGGACUCACUCAAUGAAGCAUUUGAUAAAGACAAGCAUUUUUGCACGUUAUUCUUGUUUAAAAAUAAUUCGGCGGACAGUGAAAUGUUUAAGACUUAUUAUAAUUAUUACAUUUAUAGUGCUUAAAAACAAGUUGUUAAAAUAUAUACUAUAUAAGUUUAUUAUAUAUAUUUUUUUAAUUCUACUUUGGUGAAAAAAGUGAAAAAACAUAUCUUAUAUGUAUCUCUUUCCAAUGCUAAAUCUGUUUAAAUACAUUGAACAUACACACACACAAAAAAAUGGGGCGGGGGGUUGACGCUACUUUGCCGUUUUUCACUUAUUUCCGGUCCCCAUUAAACGCGAAAAACGAGGGAUCACUGUAUUACAAAAGGAUAAGUCAGCUCACUGGACUUGGAGAGAAAAAACCACCAACAACUAAAAUGACUUUUGAGUGUAUUUGUGCCAUGUAUGAUCACUGCAACUCAUCAAGAGUCUGGAUGAGUCAAUUUCAAAGUCCAACUUUCAUUCUUCAUCCAUAUAAAUGUGUCUAAAAAGGUUCUCUAGUGAACUUACUUUAAAACCAAAUAAACAUUAAAGUUAAGAUCAAAAAGUGAAAUUUAAAUAACUGACAUGAUUUCAUUAAAAAAAACAGAAUAUUUCCUGUAUAUUGUGCUAAUGCAUUAUCUACAAAAUAGUACUGAAUUGACUAAGCAACCUCUCUUAGGGUUUCAACUUUCUUGUAUAAAGUCAACUCUUUCGCUUACUUCGUGCAAGUUUUUUCAUCUAACAUCUGUCGACAAGUGCUUUAUUUAAUUUUUGAUAUUUUCAUAAACAGUGGAAACAUUUUUUAAGUAAUCUCUGAAGCCAUUUUGUACUAGUAGGUUUGAAUGGAACACAUUUUGUAUGGCAUUACAUGUGAAUCUGUUUCUGCUGGGAUUUAUUUAGAGGGAUUUGGUGAAAAAAAAAUCUAUAUAUACAGUAAAUAUACACGUAAUUAGUGGAAAAUUAGCAUUUUAAUUAAUUGUCUGCCACUGACAGCGAAAAGCAUCUAAUCUAUUUGACCCGGGAGAAGCUGGUCUAUCGCUGUUAUUGGCAGACAAUGAGUUUUUAAAAUGUUGUUCAAUUUUCAAAUAGAUUCUGACAAACCGUGCUGCGAGUGCGUUUGUUUUUCUUCAGGUCUUCACCCUUACCUUAUUUAACAAGCCAUUGCUGCGUUUUUGUAGUGCUUUUGAGUAUCAUACAUCCUUUUUUUCAGUGUAAAAAAGUACUUUCUUAAUAUAAUAACGACUAUUGUUAUUGAUUUCUUCUGCCCUUUUUUUUACGAGGUACGUUUUCUAUCUGUGUUGAUGUGUGAUAAUAAUAAUCUUGUUGAAUAAAACGGAACGACUUCUUAUCUCCGGCUCAACUGUCUUGCUUUGCAAUUUUAAAUGAAAAAUUUAAAAAUAUUAUAAAAAUAAAUAAUAAAUAUGACCCCAAAAGCU